AUGCCCACUACGAUUAAUGAUUUUAUUAUAAUAGACAAAUUGGGAGAAGGCUCCUUCAGUCAAGUCUACAAAGUCAAACGAAUCGCAGACAACUAAUUUUAUGCCCUAAAGAAAGUCAAUCUCUCCCUUCAAACUCAAAACGAAAAACUAAGCACCCUCAACGAAAUACGGAUCCUAGCCUCCAUCAACAAUCAACACAUCAUCGAAUACAAGGAUUCAUUUUUAGAUUCAGAUGGCUGCAUUCUCUACAUCGUAAUGGAAUACGCUCCAAUAGGCAAUCUCAUCAAACUCCAACAACAAAACCUCAUCACUACCCAAGAAAUCUGGAGAAUUGCUGUAUAGUUACUCCUAGGAUUGAAAUGUCUCCAUGACAAUCAAAUUCUCCAUAGAGAUCUUAAACUAGCCAAUAUUUUAGUUGUGAAUUCUCCCAUAGGUUAUUAAUAUAAGAUUGGAGAUCUAAACAUUAGCAAAAUUGCAAAGGGGAAUAUGGCCAAAACUGUAAUUGGAACUCCAUUGUAUGCGGCUCCUGAAGUUUGGCAAGGUACAGCAUAUUCCUAUCCUUGUGAUAUUUGGUCUCUUGGAUGUCUGCUUUAUGAAUUGGCUAAGGGAGCACCUCCAUUUAAUGGCAAAGACUUGUAGGAUUUGAAUUUGAAAAUAUAAUCAGGACAGUUUGACCCAAUAAAUAAUUAGGAUCUUAAUCAAUUUAUUUCUUUUAUGUUGAAAGUCAAACCAAAAGAUAGACUAAAUUGUGAUAAACUCUUAUAGUCCUCAUUACUAAUUAAAAAUAGUGGCAAUCUGGCUGUUUAAACUAUAGUGGAUGGUAAAAUAUAGAUUGAUCUACUAUAAACAAUAUAAAUACCAAAAAAUCUCAAAUAGUUAAAUCUACCCUCAUAAAACUAUAUUGCUAAACCCAAGAGAUCUGAAUCUUGUCAAAAACUCAAAACUUAAAAUAGCAUCCAAACUAAAAAUAAUACUAAUCAAAUAAGUUAGUUACCUCCUAAGAAAUCAGGGUAAACUGAAAUUUAGCAACCUCCUCCAUUAGCACCAAAUAGAAUUGCCAGACCAAUUCUAUAAAAUUAAGCUACUGCUCAUAGACAUAAUCCACUCCAAAUCACAUCCUAAAGAGAUCCUAGAUAGAUAACACGAUAAGGUAGUGCAGGACCCUUGAGCAGAAGAUGA